AUGACCAACUACGACUUCAUCGCCCUUGCUACCAAGCCUUCCGCAAAGAUCUGCUACAGCUUCCACCCACCGGUCGGCACAACGAAGUCCGUGCUCGUUGUCUUCGUGAAUGGACUCGGGCUGCCCCAGACCUCAUGGGAGGGCGUCAUCGCCCGCUUGCACGACCGACCUCCCGUCACGGGCCUCCCCGCUAUGAUGACUUACGAUCGGUAUGGCCAGGGCCAAACAACUGACCGCGAUCCCGCGGAUGCCGAUGCCGCCGACCCUAUGCACGGGCACGACUGUGUCGCCGUAAUCCGCGAUCUUCGGCAACUGCUCCUCCAGAUCACCUCGGAAAAGUUGGGUGUCUGUAAAAUCGAUGACGUCCAGCUUGUGUUCGUCUGUAAUUCCAUCGGUGGUGCGCUGGCGCGACUCUACGCACAGGAGUAUACGGGCACCGUGAGCGGACUCGUCCUGCUGGACAGCGUCCUGGCCAACUCGGAUUUCGUGUCCAUCUACCCGGACCCGGAUGCCCCGGACUUCGAUGUAAGUACCCUUCCCGCCGGAGCGACCGCCAAUGCCAUUCGUGAGGCGCGGGCAUAUAUGCAGUACGUCUUCCACCCGAUCAAUGGCAGCAAGGAAGGCCUCAGCCGAAAGAACCUGAUCCAACUCCUACCCGACAGCGAUGGUCCCCAGCUCCAAGGCCCUGGCGGACGGGGACCUUGGGUCACCGUCGUUGGUCACGAGUUUGAGGCAUUCGAGGGCGAGUUUGAGCGCAUGGGAGGAGCGUCCCCGCUUCUCACUCGUGUAUAUAUGAAUCCUUACUGGCAGCGAUUCAAUGAGGGACUGGCCAAGAUCACCGAACCAGAGCGGAGCAAGGGUCCAUUGCAAGCCCCGGGAUCAGGGCAUUUCGUCCAAAAGGAUAACCCGGGGCUCGUCGAGGAUGAACUGCGGGAAAUCCUUGAAAAGAUUCUGUGA